CAGAUACUGAGUUGAUUCAGCAGAAGUAGUUCCGUUAUCGUCCGUUUAAUAAUAAUAAUGCAUGUGUUCAGUGAAUAAAUUUAUCUUUCUUCGCUUAAACGUGGAUCGAUUAUUUCUGCUUCAAUACUCAUCCUCGAUCAGGCGGCAGAGUCGCAUCUGAAGAAGAGAAAGUCGGCCGAAUCUCGUCUCGAUCUCGUUGGUCGGAAUCACGAGCUGAAUAAACGUAACACGACGUACAGGAUCUAACCCCUGUGGAUAUAAUGUUAUUAAAUAUCAAAGUGGUGACUUCUUUAUAAAUGAGAAUAUUGUAGCUAACCGACCAAGAAUGACGCUGUUCAGAAGUAGAAUAAUAAAAUUAUUUAAAUUGAGAAAUUUAAGUACUGCCCCUCAAGCAGUUCGAGUUCAAGAAGAAUUAACUCAAACGUUUAAAACUACCGAAAACAAUCCUGUUAAUCAUGAUGAACGACAUUUGGGCAAAUUUUACACUAUCCCAUCGGGUCAACUUAAAACUAUUUUUUCUCAUGGUUUAACGAAUGAAUAUAAAAAAAUAAUAACAACUUUCACCGAAGCGUGCCUUAUGGUGAGAAAACCAGCACUUGACAUAUUUGAAUGCUUAGCGCAAACCAAUUAUAAGAAACCUGUAAAUAAAUAUGUCAUAUAUGGUGGUUAUGGAUGUGGCAAAUCGUCGACUCUGCUCCAUGUUAUACAUCAUGGUUACUGUUCGAAUAAGAUAAUUGUACAUAUACCUUGGGCCACUCAUUGGUACCUAGGACCUAAAGAAGUUGCAAAUUCGACAACUAAAGAUGGUCUCGUAGAUUUACCUAUCGACGCAGCAGCAUGGCUGGUUAAUUUUAAAAAACAGAAUGCUGACGUACUCGCUCGAACGGAUUUAAAAUUAUCAAAAUCAUACGAAUGGAGUCCUGAAGAUACUUCUCUGAAAAAUUCACCCUUAUUGGACACGAUUGGACUUGGAAUUGAAAGAAUCAAGUAUGCCUGCGAUAUCGUUGAUGCUUUAAUGACUGAACUCAAGGAAGCUUGUAUCGCUGGAAAAUGCAAAGUCUUAGUGGCAAUUGAUGGUUUCAAUGCUUUGUUUGCCGAUACCACGAGAGUAAAAGAUGAACAGAAACAAAUGGUUCCGUCUGCUAGGAUAUCUUUGACGCGAUCAUUUCUCAAUAUUACCAAGUCCGAUUGGUGCAAUGGUGAAGUCGUAGUUGUGGUUGACGAAAAGGCUACUGAGGAAAGGCGUAAUUCUCAUUUACCUCGGUACUUAUUAUCGGAAAAAGGAUUUGAACACAUGGAUCCCUUCCUACCGAUUGCGGUUGAAAACUACUCUCGAGAUGAAUUUGAUACAGUCAUUGAGUAUUACAAAAACAGAAAGUGGAUUAGAGAACUCACGGCAGAUGGGCAUAAAGAAUUGAAAGUAAUCUCCGGUGCUAAUCCUCGAAAACUUAUGAAUUAUUGUAAACACUUAUAAGUAAGUCACUGUCGGUA